AUGGGUAAGGGGAAAUUGAAGGAUGCUGGUAAUGAAGUGAGAACUAGGUGGAAAGAUCCAACAAAACUAAAAGCUUUUUGUGAUUUGUGUGCUACUCAAGUCCUAGAUGGCAAGAGGAGUGGAGGAUAUUUGAGAAAGGAAGGGGUUGAUGCAUGGAAGACUUGGAAGGAGGUUUAUAAGUGUGAGAUUGGGUUGGGUUAUGAUCUUGUAACUGGGAAGAUUGAGGCCAAUGAUGAGUGGUGGACCCGAAAGCUUGAGGCUUGUCCCAAUGCAUCAAUCUUUAAAAACAAAGGUUUGCCGAAUGUUGAGUCCAUGAAAAUCAUGUUUGAAGGCACGGUUGCAAUGGGAAAAAAUGCAUUCUGCACGAAUGGUGAAAUACCAAAGGAAUGCAUCAAAGGGUCAGGGGACUCCACUAAUAGCAAAGAACUUGUUGACCCCCAAUGUCAACCCUCUGCGAAUGUUGACCUAAUGGAGGGAAUUUGCAAGAAACCAAGAAAAAAGCAUUCAGUUGUGCAAGAGAUGCCCGACUCUUUAAAGAACAUCUCAGAUGUUAUUGUUGAAAGUAGAAGUGUAAGUACUCGUACACCAUUUGCUUCCAUAGUAGCUACUAAGGUUCAAGCAGUUAUAGACAUAGCAUUGACUCUUCCUGGGGUGCAAUUGGGUGAUCGCCUUCAUAUGUUUAGCACUUGCUUCUUCAUGGGAAACCAAGAGGCUAGGUACAUGUUUGCAACACAACGCCAUCAAAAGGAGAUCCAGCUGAAGUGGCUAGAGAUGCAGUACCAAAUGAACCCUCAGUUUCAUUUCUGA